GGGAAAUCGAAACUUAACGAAAAGCUAUUAAAUGCGCCCGCCCUUUAGUUGAACCGAUCCCUUUGCUUUAACGAUGGCGAAGGACUUUCUGACCUGCUUGACGGCGAACGCGCUUUUCAUCUUAAUGCUACAACCUGGGCUGUACUGCCUGGGCUCAAAAGUGAUUAGUGAAAUCCCUGUAAAUCUGGGCGAUGAGGUGUCCUUAUCCUGCAUAUCCCAGGUGAAGGAAGGUGUCCCAUACUGGGCUAUCAGCUGGUACAAGGUGGCUGAUGAUGGGAUCAAGUUAUCAGGAAUUAUUUUCAACAAUUUAAAGGAAAAAACUCCCAGGAAGUAUAGAGGUUGUAGCUUAGUGGUUAAGUCGACACCUAGCGAACCCUAUUCCUUGAUUAUUUCCAAUAUCUCCAGUGAAGACUUGGGAAUGUACCAGUGUUUCUUGUGGGCACCAAUUGGAGAAGAAAAUAAAAAAGGAUUUAUGAAUUUGAAAGAAAUGGGUCAUACAAGCUUGCUAAGUUUGAACUGGACGAUACCCUUAAUAGCUGUAUUCUGCCUCCUUUCUUUACUAUGCUUGUGUUUUAUGAUUAUGAAAAUCACCAGAGGACGUGAAAACUACAGAAAGCUAAUAAACACAGAUUUGCGGAACUCUGUUCAAAUUCAAAUUGAGGAACCAAUCAAGGACAAGCUCAACUCAACGUGACCUUGAGCUGAUGGGAAUGAAAAGCUGGACUUGGUGGAAUGGAAACCUUGCAUGUGAGGUCUGCUACAAGUACCAGAGGCAAAAUGAGGAUGGCCAUCUCACUAGGAUGGACAGGUGAUUUUUGUAUGCACAUCAUGAAUCAAGUAAUAAGCAAAUGCUUGUUUCCAUUUCCAUUUGAAUUCCCAUUCGUCACUGAGUAGCCCAAGUACUUCUUGCUAAGGCACAAGAUACUGCAGAUGCUGUAAUCUGUACCGUAAACGAUCUGCUGGAGGAACCUAGCAGUUUGAUCAGCAUCUGCUGUGGAGGAGAAAGUGGUAGUCAGUAUUUCAGGUUGAAGCACUGCAUCAGAACUUCAUGCAGGGUUUCAACCCAAAAUGUCCACAAUUCCUUUCUCCCAACCGCUGAGUUCUUCCAACAUUGUUCGUUGCUGCGGUUCCAGUAUCUGCACUGUCUCAUCUCUGAAACCUUGCAUCAGACUGAUUUUAGAGUGGUGAAUGAGCCAACCAAACCCACAGCCCAUUGGAAUCAGGAUCACCCAGAGAUCUGUUAUCACGACCUCAGUGUUGUACAUGUGGUGCCUGCAUAUUCUUUAAUUGAUCACGUGAUUUUCUGCCAGUGUCUGGCUCCUUGCAACCAACCUUCCAUCCUGGACUCACUUUACACCGCACGCUCGGGGCAGUGCUGCCAGGAUAAGCAACCCACCCAGCCAACACACUUUUUGACCCUCUUCCCUCCGGGAGAAGGUUCAGGAGCUUGAAGAUUUGUACAGCCAGAUUUGGGAACAGCUUCUUUCCAAUUGUGAUAAGACUCCAGAAUGGAUCCUGACUCGGAUCUGGGCCGUACCUUCCAAAGUACUACCGUACUUUCCCUUUUCUAUUUUCUAAUUAUGAUUUAUGAUCAAUUUUUACUAUAUUUACUAUAUAAGUAAGUAACCCCGAAAAUUUAUUGGUAGGUUACUCUACUUUAAAUUGGCUCUUAAUGACAAUGUUAUAUGAGAGAAACAAUGUUACUGACAAUGUUAUAUGUGAGAGAUUGCAUGAUGCAGUAAGUCUUGUUAGGGAUCAUUCUGGAUCUAAGACAUUAUGGAUAGAAUAAUUAUGGAUAACUAAAAUAAGAACCAGUCUUCAGGAAAUAAAGUCUGUACACAGUUUGAUGGGACACACUGGUUUUGUCCCAUUGGAACUACAUGGGAAAAGAGAAUAGGUGAAGGUGGAAGCAACACACACAGAAUGCUGGAGAAACUCAGCAGGUCAGGCAGCACCUGUAGAGGAGAAUAAACAGUCAAUCUUUCAGGCUGAGAUCCUCCUUCUGAACAUUUCUGCUACUGACACACUGUUAAAGGUGUAUCAAGAAGACUAGGAGAAUGUUCCUGUACAUGCAUGUAGUUAAAGAGGUAUCUCUGCCACAGUGCAGGACCAAGAUGUUUUAUUUUUAUCUGUUUAGAGAUUAAGCCCAGUAACGUGUCCUUCCAGCCCAACCAACCUGCAUUGCCCAAUUACACUCCUGUGACCAAUUAACUUACUAACCCUAACAUCUUUGGAACGUGAAUCACAGAGCACCUGGAAGAAACCCACGCAGUCACGUGAAGAAUGUACAAAUUCCUUACAGACAGCGGUGGGAAUUAAACACAGGCUUCUGGCACUGUACAGCAUUACACUAACUGCCACGCUACUGCACUGCUCCAUUUUGUCUCUUAACCUUCUGAUUUGUUGGACAUUCAUGGAGCCAUCCAUCACUGAUGGUAUAUUUUGGAUGUUGGAGCAGACACCAGUAUUGAACAUUCAAAGGGGUUCUGCUAGUUGGGAUGUUCAAGUUAAAGUUUAUUGUCAUCUUGACUGUACAUACCUACAACCAUAGGAAAUGCUGUUCAUCCAGAUCAUAGUGCACCCACAAAAUAUGUAUCACACACAGCACAAAAACUAAAAUGUUAUACUGUAAAUGAGUUAGUAAGAUAUAAUUUGAAAUGUGUGUAGUAAAAUGCAGCACGGGGAAACAGUAAACUUACACUGUCGUAAUGAUGAGACCCCGGUGGAAGCAGAGUACUACUGUAUUCAUUAGUGUCACAGCCUGAAGGAAGAAGCUGUUAACUAUCCAGUAGUCCCAAUCCCGAUGCUUCUGUACCCCCUUACUGAUGGUAGUGAGUUGAGAUUGUGGGAUAGGCCUUUUGUCUAGUAAAUGUCGCAAAUGCGGGAACGGAGAUCCCUAUAAUCCUUGGAUGUGUCAUUGUAAGUAUGAAAUUCUGUUCAUUUACCUGACUCGAUUCAGAAUGUUAAUGGAGUAAUUACAGCAAUUGAAACUCGCUAACAGUUAUUGUUACCCUCAUUUUGAAGAAUUGUAAUUGUAAAACAUUUGAGAAGCAACACACACAAAAUGCUGGAGGAACUCAGCAGGCCAGGCAGCAUCCAUGGAAAAAAGUACAGUCAGCGUUUCAGCCUUCUGAGCUCCUCCAGUAUUUUGUGUGUAAUGCUUGGUUUUCCAGCAUUUGCAGAUUUUCCCUUCUUCAUUAAUCCAAGGAGAGAGAUUCUCUCCCUCUCCCUUUCUGUCCCCCUCCCCCUUGCCAUGAAGGUUCACCAUUUGAAUAGACGGGGUACAUGUUAUAUAUUUUGCAAUGAACAGUUUCUGUGUGAUUUAAGGACUGAUGUGGUUUCUUCACAAGGAGCAUGCAUGGACUGGAUGGGGUGAAUGACAUGUGUGGUUCUAAGUGUACAGAUGCACACACAACUGUCUGAUCUUUGCCAUGAGUGAAAUCUUCAGGGUGGGGAGAGAUGUGUAGCCUAACCAAAAGAAGAAGAUACCACAGAUUCUUACGCAGCAGGAGAGGAUUCAAGACACCAGAGGAUUUGGUGUUUCGAUACAAAGCUGGUGCUGUCAAUGGCCCCUACCCACUCUGAUGACCAGGGUUCAACCUGGAGCCUUGGAUCUCAGCACUGAGCGAUUGCACCUCUCAGCCCAGCCUCUCCACCCCAAGCUCUGGGACAACCCUUGCUCCAUGUUAGUGGAUACACAGAUUCACAGAAUCUGCCUGCAACCUGAUCUGAUGUUUUUUUAUUGAGGAUACAUCUACAUCACUCAAGCUGGAUGUACACAAUAAAUUACAUCACUCUUUGCCCCCAAUUACCACACCCUUUCUCACACCAGACAUGUCCCACUCACAAUCAAUUCUUGCUAUAACUGUAUUUCAUAAGAACAUUAAACAGUUAAUGUAGGAUUAGAGUAAGCCAUUGGUAUAUUGAUGGGCCAAAGGGCCAGUUUCUGUGGUGGUUAUUCUAUGCUGUGCAUUCUGCUGCAUUUUGAAUGACAACAACCUAAUAGGCUCCUGACUCUCCCAAAAUAAAUAAAUAAAUAAUGUUUUUUUUUCUAAAAUGA